GUUUACUCCCAGGGCUCGCUUUACAUUUCCGCCAUUUUGAGAGUUGAUUUUACCGCUUACAAUAUUUUAUUUAUUUCAUCUGCUAGCAAAAAAAAACAUUGUGUUUGCAAGCUGUUUCAGGCUAAAAUAUGAGUCAGUAUAUCCAGGUGGCGGAAGAAGAAUCGGAUGAACCGAUAGAAAUCCCCAGCGAGGAAGACGGUACCUUGUUAUUGUCAACUCUAUCAGCACAGUUUCCCACGACAUGUGGGUUAAAGUAUAGAAAUCCCGAAACAGGAACUUUUCGCGGAAUUAGACUUGUCGAUGGUAGGUUGCAUCCACCAGAAGGUGCAUGGGGCCUCCAACUGUAUGUGUGUGUAUUUCCUAAAGCAGAAAAUAAACGCAAAGGUGAUGAAGGUCAAGAAAAUCCAGCAGCUAAAACAAAAAGAUUAGAUCAGACAAAAUGUAGUGAUUUGAUAGUGCUAGGUCUGCCAUGGAAAACAACAGAAGACGAUAUGAGAAAAUAUUUUUCAACUUUUGGUGAAUUAAUACUAGUGCAGGUUAAACGAGAUCCUAAAACAGGCCAAUCAAAAGGUUUUGGUUUUGUCAGGUUCUCUGAUUAUGAAGCUCAGAAAAAAUGUAUUUCACAAAGACAUUUGAUUGAUGGACGGUGGUGUGAUGUUACGAUUCCAAAUUCUAAGGAAGGUUCUCAACAUCUUAUGAACAGAAAAAUCUUCAUUGGCAGAUGUAGUGAAGAUAUUAGUGCAGAAGAUUUAAGAAAUUAUUUUAGUAAAUUUGGAGAAGUGGUCGAUGUCUUCAUUCCUAAACCAUUCCGAGCAUUUGCAUUUUGUACAUUUGCGGAUCCUGCUGUUGCUCAGAAUAUGUAUGGUGAAGAUCACAUUAUCAAAGGCACUAGUGUUCAUGUUAGCAGUGCAGCACCCAAAAAUUUUGAUAAACCAGAUCGUCGUGGGGGUGGUAGUAGCGGUGGUGGUGGUGGAAGUGGUGGCUAUAUUUCCAGUCCCUCCAGUUACAGCUCAAGCUACAGUGGACAAGGUGGGUUCAGUCCAGCCUCUACACAUCCUAGACCUGGUGGAGACAUGAUCAAACCAGAGCCUAAUCAGCUACCCAACAAUGUUAAUAUGAAUUUACUUAAUUCAGCCAUGCUUGCGGCAGCUCAAGCAGUCCUUAGCGGGCAGGGGGGACAACAAUGGGGGACUGGUAUGUCGAGAGAUACUAAUGGUGCUCAACCAUCAUCUGCUGCUCCUAAUGCAGGCAACACAAAUUAUAAUGCCCCUAAUCAGGGAGCAUCUAAUUUCCUGGGAAGUUGGGGGACUGGGGAAGUCCAGAGUCCACAAACUCCCCAGAAUCAAGGUCAGUAUGGGGGAUGGGGUGGAGGGCAUGGAAGAUCGGGAACAUGGAAUUAAGAGAGUUGAAGGAAAGUGGGACAUGGAAGACAUGGAAUAUUUGUGAGAUUUUUUUUUUUUUUUCCCUGUUCGAGUGUAGAAGAAUGAAACUUCUGUGCUUCUUGUUAUUUCUAUUUUUAAUACUGUUAUCAGUCUGUAUGAAGGGUGAAGAAAAAACUGUUGAAAUUUAAAGAAACUGGGUGUGAAAGGUUUUGAAUGUGAUUGUUUUCAAUCAUGGUUUUAAAAAAGAAAAAAAAAAAACUAUUGUGAGAUCGAAGACUUUUAGAACUGGUGAACUUUGAUAUGAAAGGAAGAUUUGGAACUGAAAGUCAGAGAAAUUUUAUGUUGACGUUGUGUUAAAGUGUGUGAAUAUCCCUUAAAAUCUUAUUUUUGAAAUCGUAAGUGUUUCAGCUGAAUGCACGGAAAAAUCUGUGUUAAUAUCCCGUUAGAUUAUGUUUGAAAUGGUAAUUGUUCCAGAUAACAAUAAAGAAAACAUUUGCGAAGUCAAAUUAUAUUCAAGUUAAUGUAUAUUUUUACCUAUCAUUACGAGCAAUGUUUUCAUUUUAUUUCACCCAAAGUUAAAAUUAAUUGAUCAAAGAAAUCACUAAUUAUUAUUCAUUUUUUCCAUAUUUGCUUAUUUCACCCAAAAUUGAUAAAACAAUAUUUUUCUAGCAAAAUUUGAAAUCAAAAAAAAAAGAGUAAAAUUCACAAAAUUUGAUCAUUUUCGAUUUUGAAAAAGACCCCAACACAAUUUUAUUGAUUGUUAAUUUUUUUUUUUUUUAAUUGCAAUUUACUAGAAUAGAAUAUUAGAAAAAGCUAGGUGGAUAUAUAAACUGCUUAUUAGUGUUGUUGUUACUUAUGUACUAAAGAUUAGCCUAUUAAAAUUACCUUUAAUAUUGUUUUGUAAAAAAGAUAUUUUUCAAGACAUUUCUAGAUUAAAUAUUAAUAUAACACUGACAAAGAAUCAUUUAUCAUUUGUUGUCGGACAUGAAGAGCUCAUAGUGUGUCUACUCCGGAGGUAAGUUUAAAACUGGUUCCGAUUGAGAAUAGGCAAAAGGGACAAUUUGUGUGCUCUGUGUGUUGCAAAAUGUUAACUAGGCAAUUCAUUUCAUGUCAGUCAUUUCUGAAUCUUUAUUUUGUUUUAAAGAUUUAGUAAAGCCUACAGGAAUUUGAAUUUUAAAAAGUCAAAACUUUAGUCAUCACCAUACCUGUAAAAACAAAAAAAAGCUAGAUUGAGGGAUUUGUGAUUUGAGUGAGGCUUUGAAAGAGGGGUGGUGUUGUUGACAGCUGGGAGUUAUUUAAAUUUGUGUGUCGAUGUAUGACUGAUACAUUUUGUAUGAUAUAUAAGGAACUUGUGUUCAAAUCAUUUCUAGUGAAUGUUGAUAGUAUUGUUAGCUUGCUUGUCUGUCCUUACAGCUUAUGAUAGAAGAGAACACUAUUCUCGAUAUGAUGACGAUGCGUAUGGUUCCUCAGCUCAUAGAUACAGAUAAAACUAGGGUGGAGUGAAUGCGGAUGGACAGAUUGGUGGGUGAAUGGAGAGAACGAAUGGAAGAAGAGAAGUGUUUGCCUGGAAGAAAAUCUGGUUUUUGUAAAGUCCUGUUCUGUAAACUCCUGUUCGUGCGUAUUGUUGCGGGGGUAUUUUUAUAUCUGUUGUUAUUACUUGUAAUUUUCGAAUUAAGAACAUGUUGUGUGUGUGUUCUUCAAAUCAGAUUUUUAUUUCCAUUUGUCUUUAAUAGAAUUCUAUUUUUUCAUAAAUUUAAUGAUUUAACAUUUAAAAUGCUAAUAUAGUUAUGUGUAAUGGACUAAGUGUUAAUGUAACACUGUUAAUGUACAAACUUUGUUGAUAACUAGUUGUUAUAAAAUAAUAUCUCCAAUGAGGAAAAUAACAAUACAUAAGUUCUGUGUUAUGUAAUACUAUCCACCAGCAGAUGAAAUUCGCAUGAUCCAUGCAGCUUUUCUAAAUGUUCUUUCUUCCCUUGACUUUAGUGAACAUACAAAUUUUAGUCCCCUUGACUUCAGUAAAAUCCAAGUUUUGGUCUCUAUUUCUUCUGUCCCUGACUUCAUUCAUGUCCAAAAGCUUGUCACUAUGGUUCUUGUUUAUAAACUUGUGUAUACAUGUAAGUAACCAUAGAGACUUAUUCAGGUCAGUUUAAUGAAGCAUAAAGAUGCAUUAUGUAAGAUUUAGAUUACGAUAUGACUGUUCUUGCCAUAAUAAUAAGUUAUCUAUGUUUGAAGUUUUGGCAAGAUAGUCUUGAUUGUCAAAUACAUUGGUUAGGAUAAUAAACAGUCUUGAUUAACAUAUUUAUCCAUUUUGUCUUUAAAUUUUUAAAUGAUGCGUGUGUUUAAUCCAUUCAAUACUGUAGAGAGUUGUUUAUGGUCUUGAAUAAAUGCAUAAUUAAUGAUUUAUAUAGCAUUUUACCCCUCCCCCCCCAAAAAAAACACCUGCAAUAGGCAGAUGUAGUUCUUACAUAAUGUAUCUUUAACAUCCUAGAGUUACUGAAUGAACUGUUCAGGUCUUUAAUGGAUAUUGCUACUAAAUGAUAAAAUUUGCCAGAGGCAUCUUUAAAAUGUAACAUUUGGUUUCUGUUUGGUAUCCAUAGUCAACUGGGAGCCAUGCUAACUUAACCUUAACCCCGGGCUUCAAUUCAUCCAAUGUAAAAGCUAUGGUGAAGUUGUAUAGUUCAGUGUUGAUUUGUCUGUGUAAGCCUAUGUUUUGUGAAACUAGACCCUUAAAAUGUAUUGCAUUUGUGUUUGGGCGGGGAGUCAGUGCUCUGACGUGUGCCGUUUAGGUGGGUCCUGUGGUUUUCUCUGCCAAAGACAACUAUGAGCAAGCAAAUUAUUGAAAGAAAACAAUAUUAGUCCCAAAAUACCCUGGUUUGUGUUAACUAGAUAUUUAAAACACCAUUUCUGUAUUGUAGUUGACUUCUCUAUAAUGUUUUAUGGGCUCUACCACAUUGCAUUGCUAGAUGUGUAACAAUGGACAUUCUUCAGAAAUAUGUCUUCCCAGUUUAGAAUACAAAACUAUGUUCGAAUAUUGUAUACUGUGACUUAUAUACGGGUACAUGUUUGAAAUCCAGGCUAAUAUAUUUGCCUCUCAAGAAAGAUUUGACCUUAUAUCCCACCUUAAGAUAUCCCGAUUUUUGUGUUCAGAGAGAUGUUAUAUAUUGAACCCGGUUGGUUGUUACUCUCGAAAUUUCCUGUUAUGACAUACUUUAUUUCAACAAUUACUGAGAAAAUCUUUGACAGUGAUUAUUAUUUUGUGUUCUUUCUCUAUACAUCUGGACCUUGGAUCAUAAAACAUUUUACAAUCUUAAUACCUUAAUAUUUAACCCUUGGUGUGUUUAAAAUACGAUCCUAUCAACACAUAUUGUUAAAUGUUAAUGUAGUAUAUCAAUACAUCAUCAUGAAUUCAAAUAUUAAUUAAUAUGAGCCAUAGAUAAAGUUAAAUUUGAGUAGAAUUUGUGUUGAACUAAAAAAUCUUUUUAAGAUCCAGACCCAUUGCUUACACAUUUUCAGAAUCAUUCAGUGGCAUAUAAUAACAGGCUGGGGGUUGGAUGGCCGAAUGGUUAGCAUGUGCGCGCUGUAUCAUAAGGUCUGUCAUUAAGUCAACUGACAUGGGUUCGAUUCCCUAGUUGUAUGUGACAAGGAGUAGGGUUGUCUGUCCAACCUUGUGGGUUUUCUCCUGGUUCCUGGGUUUCCCCCUGCUGCUAAAACCCCUACACGCAAUUGAUUAUUGAAAUAAAAUUGAACCAUAUGUUAGUCCCGAAAUGAGCUAGUUUGUGUCUCAUUGACGUUAAACCCCAUCCAUCUCUCUCUCUCUCUAAUACUAGGUAUAGGGAAAGGAAAAUAUCACCGGAAGUAGUCACAAUAACCCAGCUUAACUGAUAAUCUCUAUUAAACACUUCAGUAAAAUUGUUUUAUGCUAAAGUUGCAUAUUUUUACCUGGCGGUAUGAGAAACGUCCAUGUGUUUAAGAAGACCCUGUUAUAUGUGUUCUUCUUAUUAUAAGUCCUGCUGAACGGCGAGAUAGAUGAUUUGGGGAGUUAGUAAGGUGUCAAUGAAAUCCAAAUCUGUGAGAGCUAUGAAUUGAGAUAUAAUAUAGAGCUGAAAGUAUGUGACAUAAUGUUUAUACACACUACAUGUAGAAAUGUGUGCAUAAAAGGAGAGAUUGUUUUGUGGCUAAGCACACGCAGGAGAAAAAGAGAGAUUACGUAUGGUUUUGAUUUUUAAUGUACGACGUGUUUAACAGAAUUGUUUUCUUCAUGAAAGUCGUGUUUACUACAUAGCGAACGUGUGUUUCGGAUGUGCAGGGGUGACCGAGAAUAGGGUUGUUCUGUUCGUGUGUUGUUUUUAAGUGUAGUAAAAAGAGAGAAAACGUAUGGUUUUGGUAUAUGUACGAUGCAUUAAACAGAAUGUGUUCUUUAUGAAAGUCUACUACAAAACGAACGGAGGUGUGUUUCAGAUGUGUAGGAGUGACCUAGAUAUGAGGCUGUUUUGUUCGUGUGGCAGUAAGUGUUUGCGACUUAGUGCUAUGUGAUUGUUGAAUUGUGAUCGGAUGUUGAAGAUUGAUGGAAGGAGAAUCUUAAAUGAGGUUGAAUUAACAGUAUUAUUUUAUGUUUUGUGAGAUUUCAAGACUUCUAAGAAGGAAAAGAGUUAAAAUCAUCAAUCUUAUUGUAAAGUUAAACACAGAUUGAUCGGAGCAAUAAAGGUCCAUCUGACAAUAAAGGUCCAUCUGAUCAGGAAGUCAUGAAUUGGUGAGUAGGUACACCCAAAAAAUAUAAAUAAAUAAAAUAGAUUGAAACUAAUCCACAAUUAUCGAUUUGUGAGUAAAGGAACAUGCCACAUAGCAAAUAAAGAGGUUUGAAGAAG